CCUAGAUGGCAAGCAGUCCUUUAUAUGUUGGAUACAUACAUAUGUUUUGAAAAAUAAAAAGCUUUAAUAAAGAAAAAGAGAUAUUGGAGUGGUUUGUUAAUUUCUUCUCCAGCACAUUUUACAUAUGAAGUACUAAGACAAAUAGUAUUGCCCAGGGAUCUCACUGCUAGUAAGUAUCUGAGACAAGAUUAUAACUCGGUUAGAUGUCUUAUUGACACUAUUCCAGAUAGCUAUCCGUAUUAGGAGCUCUACCUUUAUUUGAAUUCUCUAUUGUAUCAUACCUAUUUAAUAUACAUCUUAACUCACCUGUUAAGAGUUAAGCACUAUAAAGGUAAGGAUUGUACCAUUUUUUUCCAAGACUUGAAUCCCUCAGGGCCUAAACACGAUACCAUGCACAUAGCAUUUAAUCAACUCAACAGAAAAUUUAAACUCAAGAGCUCUUCAACACGCUUGACAGGAAAAAUAGAAAUUUCCAAAACUUCACAGUGGUGACCAAAUAAAAUAAUUUAGAAAUUUCCUAAAUUUGAGGGUCAGCUAUUGUGAUGGUUAUCACUCUCUAGGGAGAAAUCUCAGUCCUUACAUUCCCUGGCUAUAUGAUCUUCCCUUUUCCAAGACUGUUCUCUCAUCCAUGAAUAUUUGCAUAAUAACCUCUUAAGUCUAGGAUGAAAAAAGUAUUUUAUGAGCCUAAAAGGUUAUCCAAGCCAAUAAACAUUAAGUACCUAUAUGCGCCAGGCACUAUGCUAAGCAUUGGGGAUACAAUUAAUAACAAGAAAAGCGAAAAUAAUGCAAUACCGACACAAGAACUGACUGAGAGUCCAGUUUCUGGCUUGUACACAGGAAGGCAUUGGGUGGAAUUUGGUUACCCUCCCGCCCUCUCAUUGCAAGGGAGAGCAGUGAGGGGGCAUCCAUCAGGUGCGAAUUGGCGGCGUGAUGAUUACUUCUAAGUGAUGCGCCUUUCCCGGAGGACCGCGGGUUCCACGAAGCUGAAAAGGAAGCAGGGCAGCAGAUGCAAGCAGAAUGAGUCCACUUUCUAUCCCCAAGAAAGGAAAGCAUCAGGUGGAGUUUGGUGGAGAGAGGUGGUAUCCAACGAAAAGCUCUGAUUGCUGUUAUUAACGUUACUAGUAUUAUUUCUUUCUCUGUGAUCACCUAUUGGCAGUGUUGGUGGGCAAAAUAAGAUGGAUACAAGAGAUUUCCUACUUCAUCCCCAUGGGCUCAGUUUUUGGCUCCCUGGUGCCUUAUCGGUUAGUAAACAUUCGUCCAUUCCGUCGUUAUUUUUCUCUUGGUUGUACAGCAUCCAUAGCCUCCGGAUUUGUCCAAACUAUUAGUCUAGGCCAGUUUCCAAAGGCCUCCCUUUGGCCUCUUCCCAGCACGUGACGCGCAUAAUCUAAGGGAGGAGGGGCAACCUGGGGGAGGGGCAGAGUUCCUCGGUUCUAGCGUCUGAGCGCUAGAUGGGUGUGGCCAAUAAAGGGAGGCGGGGGAAGAGGAUUCCGGUGUGCGCCUCCACUAGUGCCCGCACUGGAACUGCGGGUGGAGGCGAAGGGGAAGAAUCGUGAGGGAAGGAGCAGCGUCGCGGGAGCUGCCGGCAUCGAGGCCAUGGAGAGGGGUCACGCGGGUCUGGGACCGCGCGAGGGCUUGGCGCCCGAGGAGGAGCUUGAACCCCCGGGAGCUUCCUGGAGCGGAGACAGCGGGAAUGUCUCUCAGAGUCACAGCAGCGCCUCCGGGCUCUGGGAGGAGGAAGAGGAGGCGGCGGUGGGGGCCCAAGAGGAGGAAGGCGAGCGGAGCGGGCGGCGGCGGCCCAGUCGGGACCACGAAGUCACUGGCGACGCUGCGGGCUCGGACUUGCCUCUGCUCCGCCGCACAGCCGCUGGCUACGCCGCCUACCUACUGCCGGCGGCCGGAGAGGGAGGCGGCCCCGAGAUAGAAGCUUUAGACAGGAGUCUUGAAGACUUACUAACUAGAGUUGAUGAAUUUGUUGGGAUGCUAGAUAUGAUUCGAAGUGACUCCUCACAAGUAGUCAAUGAAAGUGUACCUCAUAUUCACAAUAAAGCCACUGAAAUGAGUGAGAUAUAUAGAAAAAUUGACAAAUUGGAGGCUUUUGUUAAAAUGAUUGGAAAUUGUGUGACAAGAAUGGAAGAGCAGGUGACAAAAGCAGAAGCAGAGCUUGGAACAUUUCCCAACACAUUAAAGAAAUUUUUGCACACAAUUAAUGUGCCAUCCUUCCUUAAUAAGUCGUAUUCCACAAAGCAACAGCAAACUGUCUAUGAACCUCCUAUCCUUUUCAGGACAGAAGACUAUUUUCCUUGUUGCAAAGAAGGAUCUCAGGCAUGAUAUUGUACAAUACAACUACUUAAGAAAAGACAUAUCAAAGGAGAAGUUCUUAUCUUGAAAAAAUUAUUAUACAUAUCUACUAUUUAGUGUAUUUAAGAUGUUGUGUGUAUUUAAUAAGCAGUUUUAAAACAAUAUUUUUCAUUUUGUGCAGAUUGUAUAGCUUCCCAUGUCUUCCAAAUCUCAACUAAAAUUUUGUUUAAAUGGGGGAGUAAAAUGAGUAAAUAUUUCCUUAUAAUUAUCAAAAUUGCUACUUUUAUAUUUAUACUAUCCUUGUGUCAACAGUAUUACUUUUUUUAAGAUUUACCUUCACAAGGUCUUAAAGAAAAACUACUGUAGUAUUACAGAGCAUUAUUUAUUAUCAUUCUUAAUGGUUGAGUCUUCCUAUAGUUUAUUUUUUUAAAUAAACUGUUAAUUAACAUGAUUUGAGCUUUAUACAUUUUGAAUUGUAAACUAUGCAAUACUAUUAACUUGUAAUUAAUUUUGAAAGUUAUAUUGAAAUAAUGCUCGCUAUAAUCUUGUUUGUAAAUGACUGUGUACAUAGUUUGAGUUAUAAUUUAAAUUCAAUUAAAAUCAAAAACUUAUUUGCAUAGAUUUUUUUCUUGAAGUGCUAUUGAGCAAAAAGCCUAAACGAUUUUUUAAUAGAAAUUUUGUUUUAUCUUGAAUGCAAAUUUCCAUUUUCUCAAUGGAUAUAGUAAAUUUUAAGAACUUCCAUAAAGGUUUAUGUGGGGGGAAAAUUGUACAGUUUACUCUUAGCUAAUGUUUUAGCAAAAUCAUACAAUUCUUCUAAGUCAAAGGAUCAUAGAAGCAUUAGAAAAUUAGAAAGGCCUAUGGAGGUUUGGUCCUCUGAUCAAGAAACAGUUACACUGGACUUCAAAGUAAUUAAAAUCACAAAAUCAGUAGAAGAUUUAUAUAAGUAAAAGAGGAAAAACUUGUGUCCUCCACCCUAAAUAGUAAAUAGUAAGCUUUGCAUUCUUAAAAUUGAAGAGUUGGAUGAGACUCCCCCUCCCCACCUCCCUUAUAGGUGAGGAAAAUGAGGCCCUGAGGCCUUACAAGUAGUAACAAUAUUUUGACCCCAAAUCCAGUUCUAUGCAAUGUCAUUUUUUUCCCAAUUAUAUUAUGUGAUAACAAGUUGGAUCUUCUUUACAGUAGCUAAAAAGAUACUCUUUUCUGUAUAAUAGAUUUCAGCUUCCAUUUCAGAGCUUUGUUCUACCUUUCAAUGAAGAGGACAAAUAGGUGCCUGGGUCCAUUCUAGAUUCCUUUAAUUGUGAGUAAUACUGAUGUUAAUAAAACUAGGACAAGUCACUAGGACUUUAUACUUUGCUAAGUAUUUGUUACUGUUUGAUACUCUAACCAUUAUUCACUGUGUCCUCAUUUGUUCUCGGUAAAUAAUUUUUGCAAUUCUUUAUUAAAAAGCCCAUAAUUAGUUCAGGAUCUUAAGAGCUUUCUAUCUUUCUGAUCUUAUCUGGCAAACAAGAAGAGAGUUUAAAAAUGAUUGAAUUCCCUGAAAACCAAAAACAUUUCAAGAAAUCUGAAAUUAAAACUGCCCAAAACUAUAAUAAGCAGAGGCCAAAGUGAAGAUGAACAAAAACACAUGUUUUUGUGUUAACACAUGUUAAAGUUUGCAAAGCAUUUGUACGUAUUGUCCCAUUUGUUUCUUACAAAUGGAUAGACUACAGUUAAAUAACUUAUCUAAAGUCACACACUUCAUAUAGGCAUUAGAUUCAAACCCCUAUCUCUUUAACUCCAAGUGAAACACUUUUUUCACUAUUAUGAUAUUUUUAGUAUACAUAUAUACACCCAUACAUAUGUAUAUAUGUGUAUGUAUGAGAGAUUGUAUAUAUACAGAUUAGACCAAUUCUGAUCACUGCAAAGUCCUGUUACCUGGAUUUAAAAAAUCAGAUGUACAAGUAUAAGUGAACAAAGAUGGGGCUUCCACAGUAUACUUAAUGAAAGAGAUGUGGAGUGUUUUAUUGUAUUACAGGCUCAGUGAAUUAGCACUAUCCUAGUGCCAGAAAAACAAAUAUACCAAGUUCUCCCACUAGAGUCUGAGUUCAGUUUCUCACAUGUUUACUUAUGGCCCUUUAGGUUCUGAAAGCGUACAAGUUUAGGUAGUUCCUAUUGAGCACUGAAGACUUCAAGUACACUCUAAAAAAUGAAUUGUUUCAUCUAAAGAUCAGCUAAGUUUGGAGAGGCUUGUAACCAAGUUGGCUAAUCUAUAACAGAUUUUUCUGGCCAAAGCAUUUCAAGAAAUCUAAAGAUUCCAGCUGCAUCAGCAUCUACCAGAAAACCAGGCCUAUCCCACAAAGGCAUCUUACCAUUGUACUCUGCUAUUUGUUGAUCAGUUCCUCCCUUCUCCCCAGCAGGAAAAAACUAUCCUUCAGACCUAGACGUCAUGAUUUUUCCACCACUCCUUUUCUGCCUUCCCCAAACUAGCCUCAGCUUUGUCUUGUUAAAUCAUUUCAGAUCCUCCUAUGUGAUGCCAUUUGGGGUUUUCUUAGCAAAGUGAUUUGCCUCUUUCUUCAGCACAUUUUACAGAGGAAUUGAGUCAAACAGGAUUAAGUACACUUACCUGGGUCACAACACUAGUAAGUGUCUAAGACCAGACUUGAACUUGGAAAAUUGAAUCUUCCUUACUUCAGGGCCAGCACUCUAUCCAUUGCAACUUGGAUUUGGCACUCCACCAUUAAAGAUCACUAAAAUCUCACCUAACCCCCUAUAUAUAUAUAGUCACUCACUGGACUAUAUUUCAUAUACCCUUCAGCCCCAAGAAACUAGGGCAUAUUUAGCACUAGCAUCUCACCAUUUGCCCUAUUAUCAUUCCCAUACUUAAAAUCUACUACCCUAUAACUAUUUAUAUAAUUCCUUGGCCCCUACUCCUCUAUGUUGUGUCCCUAUAUUAAUAUAAGUUUAUACUUGCCAAGAAAUGUACUUAAAUUGGAGACAGACUGCUCAGGUAACCAGCUAGCACACCAACUAGCAAAACUUUUUAAGUUGGUACCAGACCAAAUUAUGGUCAAAAAAUGCAAUAAGAAACUAGUGAGUACAUCAAAUUAUUAGCCAGAAACUCAUGGUCAAGUGACCAAAAUCCAUAACUUGCUGAUUUAUUCUAUGAAAGCAAGAAAUAUUUGAACAAAAUCAAAUGGCUAAAAAUGGAAAAUUAUAUAAAAAACAAGUGAUCUUAUCUGGCAAACAGAUUAAGAAGAGAGUUUAAAAAUGAUUGGAUUCCCUGAAAACCAAAAACAUUUCAAGAAAUCUGAAAUUAAAACUGCUCAGAACUACAAUAAGCAGAGGCCAAAGUGAAAAUGAAUAAAAUCUACUGAAUCCUUUUAAAAAGAACCCUUAAAGGAAAAGUGUCCAAAGUAUCAUUGACAAAAUUCAUACUUCCUCUUUUAAUAGAGAAGAAAAAACUCAAGUAUCCAGAAAAAAAUAACAAACAUCAACAUUUUAAAAGGCAAUAGACAAUAUAAGACAAACUAAUUUCCCUUACACAUUCUAUAGGGGAAAAUGGACUUUAACCACAAAAAAAUUUUUUUUCAAACAUUCCUGAUGAACCAAUUAAAAACUUUGAUCUUCAAAAGCAAGAAUCCAGAAAAAACAGUUAGGUAAUUGAUUUGAGCAAUUGAAGUUGUAAGAUGAUGUACUAAUAGCAGGAAAAGAAACAAUAUCUUAUAAGGGUAUUAAUUAAAUAAGAAAAACCUGUCCUGAAAAUGGAUGUUGUUUGAAGGGUUUGAAGGGAAAGAAAGGGUGGAAUUUGAUUUUUCUAAUUUCAGGGCAUGAAUAAAUGGAAAGAUGAAGAGGUAAAGUCUGUUCAAAUGAAUAAAAUUUAGUGUGAAUAUACAUGAAGCUGAACAAAUGAACAAGUAGGGAUGAAGGGGAAGGUAAGAAAGAGGGUAAUAUCAGGAAGGGAAGAUACAAGCAAAAUAAACUUAACUGAUCCUGAAAGAAAUUAAAGAGAAGGGGAAAGGUGUUUGCAUUUUUUUUU